CGAAUACUCCGCUCUCCGAUGGAAGACGCAAACAGUUCAACCUAAGUUCCCCCCAGCUUCCGAUGCGCCCAGCUGCAUGCACUUCUGAUGCGACAGAGGUAGCCUACACGGUACUAUCAAGCUCCCAGCUUUUCACAUACAAUUUGCCACGGUGACUGCACGAGUCUCGGGGGCUACUGCUAGCUUGGCAGAGAACGUGAACCGGCAAGGUGCCCAGCUGCCCAGAUAUGAAGGUCAGAAUCAGAAAAUGGGACGCAGUCGCGACCUGGCGCUGGGACAUUCCCGAGGACGAUGUCUGUGGUAUUUGCCAGGUCCACUUUGAUGGGACUUGUCCAACAUGCAAAUACCCCGGCGACGAUUGCCCACUUCUCUCUGGGAAAUGUGGACACAACUUUCAUAUGCACUGCAUCCUCGAGUGGAUUAAACAAGACUCGGCCAAAGGCCAAUGUCCCAUGUGUCGGCAGCGAUUUGAGUGGAUCGAGCAGCCGAUCGAAACCUCCAUGAAUAACACCUCAAACAUCCCCCCAGUUUGAGAAACCGACUCGGGACCACUGCUCUCAAGACUAGAACCAAAAAGGAAUGAACUGCCAGAGUAGC